AUGGUCCGCGCCAAACGCCAAAACACACAGCCUCUCGAGGAUGCCUCCGUGGCCCCCGCGACGUUCACCGACGGCCUCCCACUUCCCAAACUGAUCGCAUUCGAUCUGGACUAUACCCUAUGGCCCUUCUGGGUCGACACACACGUCAGCGCACCUGUCAAGGCCCGUGACAAUAACUCACGCGUUGUGGAUCGAUGGGGUGAAUCAUUUGCCUUCUACCCAGCCGUCUCAUCUAUAAUCUACGCCUGCAAGAACCGAUCGAUUCCCUUGGCGAUCGCUUCACGUACGCAUGCGCCCGAUCUAGCUCGCGAUAUGCUCAAAGCCCUUCACAUCAUCCCUACCUUCUCGGACAACCCCGCAGCAAACAAUGCCAAAUCUAUUCGCGCUCUGGAGUACUUCGACUUUGUCCAGAUUUUCCCCAGCAAUAAGACACAGCAUUUCUCGCGCAUUCAGCAAACUAGUACGGUCACGUACGAAGAUAUGCUGUUCUUUGACGACGAGGCGCGGAAUCGCAAUGUGGAGACGGAGCUCGGGGUUACAUUUUAUCUUGUCCGGGAUGGUAUGACUCGGGACGAGGUUGAUAAGGGCGUUUGGGCAUGGAGGAAGCGCAAUGGUAUUAAGCAGAGAACGGUUGUAGAUGAGAUUUAA